UAGCUACCAUAAUCAAUAAAAAGAAGCAAAUUAGUAAACGAAAAAAGGCUGAAGGGUUGCCAAAUUAUUUUACAAAAAGUUUAGAUCGGCAUAACAAAUUUAUUUUUAACAGGGAGUUCACUCAAGUAAAAAGUCGUAAACAAAAACGAAAAAAGACUUUCGCUUAUGCAAGAAACUUUAUAAAUAAGAUGGAUUUUUCUAUUGAGGCAUUAUUGGAUUUAAAGAAAAACAAGCUAAAUACAAAACUAAACAAUAAUACUCAGACAACAAUAAAUUGUUUUUCAUGGAAAAUAUUCGAAAGCCAUUUAUCUAAUUUAGAUGCAAAAGAAAACGAGUUUACAGAUACUCUGCAGACAGAUAAACCAUCAGAUAAUCCUGAAAAUGAAAAAAAGAUCUCGCAAAACGAUUGGUCAAAAAAAAACCCGAGUUGCAAAAAUCGUCGAAUGCCAAGAUCUGCAGAUCGUAGAAUGCGCACAUCUUUUACGUUUGAGCAAUUGAAUGAACUGGAAAAUAAAUUUAAUGACUCGCAAUAUCUUACUUCACACGAAAGAUUAAAUUUAGCUUUAAACCUUGGAUUAUCUGAAACUAAAAUUAAAGUAUGGUUUCAAAACCGAAGAACAAAGCUCAAAAAAAUCAAUGCGUUAAUGGACUUUUGUUAUUCUAAAUCUCAAAACGCAUUUUUAACACAAGAAGUGCCGAUCAAUUAUUCAUGGGGGUUACCUGAAGAAAACAUUUUCUCGGCUUAUGCACGAUGGCCUUCAAUAGACUUUAGGGUACAUAAUUAUUUGCAAACGUAAAAUCGUAGAUUUGAAAGAACUCAUAAAAAUCAAGUGUUAAAUAAACUUUCUAUUCAAAAACGUUGCUAAUCGUCUAUAAAACUAAUUUCAACAAACUUUUAACUAAUUUUAAUUACCAAUCGAAAUUUUAAUAAUAUAAAAACUAUUUGUAA